GUGUAUUUCAAAUUGAUGUUUGGAACCAUUUGAGGUAUACGCAUAUACAAUGAAUAAAUAUUCCACCUUGGACACCUUGCCAAAGAAUUGUCUACCAUACCAAAGAGAUGGCCAUAUUGACAACAGUUCUCCGUCUGAACCUUUGUUGAUACCUCCGGCCGCUUAACACGAUCAGAUGGCCAGAACCAAACCUCCAAAUAUAGGACCAAACGGGCCAGAAUCUUUCAAAAGUUUCCGCGAUCGUAUCUCCUCGGACAUGAAGUGUACCACGAUGACUUUUUUACACAACUUUGAGUUUGAGUUUACACAACUUUUACAGGCUUUGAGUCUCCAAGACUACAUUCGCCUCUACAACUCCGUAACGAUGGGGGGAAUAUGUGCAUUUGUGUUGUACGACUCAACGUUUUACAACGAACUACAUUCGCUAGAGGCUGUUGGUCAUGUAAAUGCAAUAAUACCGAACGAACCAGAGCUUAAUACAUGUGUAUAAUGUUUAGUCCGAUUACCUAGACAAAAGAGACGUGGUUAGUCCAAAUAGAGAUAUAAUGAUGAUGGUGAUGCUUUCAUCAAAUGGAUCGCGAGAAUACAUUGAUUAACCUAGCGGUUUAAAACUUUUCUGCAUUAGUCUGUUUUCCAGGGGUGAAGCUGAUUCCAAUCUAUUCCAUAGUGGGAUCAACGAGAAGUUAUAUAGUACGAGUUAAUUCUGUUUGAAUAACGAGGACACUACGAUGGCUACCAGAGUAACGAGAAUGAAACAUAGUCGAAAUACCUGAUGAGGCUCGGAACGCUUAUUGUGCUGUAGAGAUUCCGUUGAUCAAUUCGACCAGAAGUGUAGUCAAUGGCCAUCUCUUUGCCCUUUCUUUCCCACUAAAGGACCAGUCGAUUCCCCAAAAGUUAAUAGCCUUAUAUUUUGGAUUGCCUUGUUAGACGUGACUAAUGUUAUUCAAAAGAUCUUUAGGUUUGUCUCUUUGACUUAGGCAAAUACCGAAUACGAUUGGAAACUUAUUGUCUAGCAGUAUACAUCCCGCAAUGGCCCAUACACUAGUACAGUCAACACCUUCACCUGCGUUUUUCGCAAACUUAGCGCAAUGUUUAACUCUCGUCGGUAAACGGACCCCCGUCAAGCCAUGUCACACAGCAAGACAGCCUUCCAGUUUUAUGUAACGAGCGAGCACAUAAACUUAACCCACCCAUACAUCGGCAGUAUUGCAUCCAUACACUUCCGUAGGAAAUAGUUCAGCUAGUUGAACGCAUUGCUUACCCAUCCAGCAGGCAAGGAGAAGUGCUGUGGUGCACGUUACUAUGCGAAACGACAGAACGGUUACAGUUUUGAUGCACCUCGCAAGUGCACUAAUUGCUGCAAAGUAUGUGUAACCGGUGGAACCGACUACGAUGUGCAUGUGUCACGAUACUUCACCAGUGGACGCGGACGAAUUUGAAACUGGGACCAAAAAAUCCAAGGCUACUGCCUGAUCGCCUACUGACCCACACCGGUGCGAUCGGUCCCAUCGAUCGAGCGGUUUGGUGAUUUGCUUAAGCGGAAGUGCGCCAAGACAGAUAUGUGUGUUAUUAGCCGAUGGAUUCAGGGUCACGUACGCUUGCAGCUUCCACCGGUACGGUGCCAUUACUCCCUGCAGUCAAGAUAUACAGGAGGUUCGAGAAGGUGACACAAACAGAUCGUACCAUAACCGGUUGGUAUUGAGCGUGAUCGUACCGUUUGUCAACAAGCGGCAAUGGCAGUCGGUUAUUGUUUCACGCGAGGGAUUACGGAGAAGGGGAAACGAACGAAUAACGCGUAACGUUCGGGUUUAAGCUAAACCAUUCCUCAGUUUCCUUCAAUCUAUCCAUUCGAUCGGUUUACGAACAGUUGUUCGGUGCGCAGUGAAAUGUUUAGCUGAUGUGAACAAAAAUUAAGUGAAUUUAUUUUGUUGUGGUUUUAUAACGAAUCGAUAGUUACGUGCGUACGGCCAAAAACAUGGUGGAAACACAAGUCACACCACCAACGUUACACCCGAAACCGACCGCAACGGUGACGACAACCAUAACGGCGGUGGGCGAACCGGAACCAAUUGCUCCAUCGACCGAAGAUCAUUACGAUCCGUCCGUGCGGAUAUUGCACAUACCGAAGCAAACGGAUGGAUCCUGCGGAUUUCAUCUUACCCGCAGCAAAUGGGAUCCAUAUCCUUGGGUCAGCGGUGUUGAUGCAGACUCACCGGCCGAGGUGACCGGGUUGAAGGUUGGCGACUGCGUUCUGGAGGUUAACAACGAAGAUGUCCUUGGUAUGCGAAUCGCCGAGGUUGCCGGUAUGGUACGAUCAAAGGCGGACAUUGUGACGCUACUGCUAUGGAGCACUGGCAUGGAACCGGCCUGCAAUCCGGAAUCCUUAUGCUGCGGUCCGAUGCCGAUCAAUCUCGAACGGCUCACCGCUAGCAUGCAGACGAUCGUGGCCGCACUCGAGUGUCCGGUCUGUUUCGACACCAUCCCGCCGCCCGUGUUUCAGUGCCAGAAUGGCCAUCUGGUGUGUUCCCGGUGCCGUGUACGGGCGGAACGUUGUGCCAUCUGUCGGGAGCGUUACACGAUCGGACGUUCGUUGCUGGCGGAGCAGGUUUAUCAAUCCAUUACGGAGGCGUUCAAUCUGCGCGAAGGUACGGAUGGAAAGUUGCGCGAACGUUUGUUCGGUGCCCGCUGUACCCGACAACCAAAACGUGCCACAUCGUGCGACAGAAAGAAAAGUCCGUACGGUAGCGAUAGCCAUCUUGGGUCUAUGGGACGACCGAUACACUCGCAUACGCACAAGUUCCUCGCGCGCAUUAUGGGCAAGGCCAGCUCGGUAGACAACCUCAGCAAGCACCACAGUCCACACACACUGCCACCGGAUGUGGUGGGCGACCUGCAAGGUUCGAAAGCAAAGUCGCUAUCGUUGUCAUCGAGCGAAAUAUUCAAGCGUGAUAAUUCAGUGUCGGUGUUACGAUGUCCAUCGGCAAAUCGAUUGGCACCGGAGCUGUCCGCUUCGUACAACAGCCUCACCAUUCGUCGACCGACCUCGUCGAUGUCGUGCAAUGUUUCGGUGGAAAGUUUAAGUAGCAUUCCGGAGAAUGGUAUCCAGUUGACCGUUCCGAUGCGCCCGUCACAGGUGUCAUAUCAUUGUCCUUGUGGCGAGUACUGCAGUGAUUUAAUUGCCGCACCGGAACUGCAGGAACACGUUACCGUGCAUCAUCGUACGCCGGUGAUAUCGUUCGGUACGGCCUCGGCUGAAAUAUCUCUCCCACCGAGAACGCCCGUCGAUAAUGCCUGUCUGCUGUUAUUGCUGGAUGGACAUAAAUUUUGGUUAAAGUUAAUCUCCGACACAAGUACCGUUGGUGAUAUCUUUCUGUCCGCUUUGUUGGAGGGCAGCUCGGAGCAAAGCAAAAACUAUGCGCUGGAAGUUAUUAUCCGCAAGGAAGGGUUCGACCACAUUCUCGGCAAGGAGCUCAUCUCGCGCUCAGAGACUUAUUCCAUGGUGGACAAAUCGUGGAACGAUCUGGUCAACACGAAGUCGGGUGUCCUCUAUACGGGCGUUUGCAUACGGGCUACCUUUAGUCCGGAUACGGAAAUCUUACUUAAAGCGUCCAUCAAGCGCCUCGCAGAUCUUUAAUGUCAUGUGUGUCAUGUGUGUGUGAUGAAUUUGAAGUUAAAGAAUAUUCUUCCAUUUAAGCAGAAAUA